UCAGAGCUGGUAAAUAUAAACAUAAUAGCUGGGAAUUUGUGUUUUUAAAGAAGAUGGAUUAUAGCAGACAACACUCGCAAAAUAUGGACAUCAGAGAAAGGAACAGACUUCACAGGGAAUCUCUUCGGCUACAGGAUCCAUUCCUACCCAGGGGGCCGUCAACAAAGAAGCCGUGUAGAGAAAGAACCAGGCCUACAGACAGCAGAGAGAGGAGAUCUUCAGUGGCACACAUCAGAUCUGUCAGGGACAAAAGGCCAUUGGCCGUGAGCCAGCAGGCAAAUCUCAGUGCUGUUAGACCUGCUGAGAGGAACUGGGGGAAAGCUGUCAGCCAAAGUUCAUCUGCUCAAGUUAAAGUGGCCUCAGUGGUCAAAACUGCGGUAAAGAACAAUACAGAAUCUGCACCCAGAAAGAGGAGGAAAAUUCACCCGUCUGGUUUCAAAGGAAAAGGUCAGCUCAAACUGACAGUUACUCCAGGCAGCGGGUGGCUCUAUGUUCAAAUUUUGGAGGCCAGAGGACUCAUGGGAAGAGAGUACAAACCAUGUGACUCAUAUGUAAAGAUAAGUAUUGCUCCAGAUGUUGACCACAGCAAGCGAUGGAAGACCAGGACCGUUCUAGACUGCAAGAGUCCUGUUUUCAACGAGACUUUUAUGUUAGAUGUGGAUGAAGACGAUCAGAAGAAGAGGCUGUUGUUAACCGUGUGGAAUCGCAGUCGAACUUCCAGGCGCAGUGACUUCCUGGGCUGUAUGAGUUUUGGUGUCCACUCCCUCAUCACCUCAUCUAAGGAGAUCAGAGGUUGGUAUUAUCUCCUGGGAGAGGAGCUGGGCAGGAGCAAACAUCUGAAAGUGGCCUCACGUCGCAUGAGACAGACCGCUGGUGAGAUUCAACGCAGUUUCUCUCUCUCUUUUGCAGUUGGAUCAUAG